CAACCUCUAUCGUGGGCGGAUGUUUUGCCGCACAGCAAACGGUGCCGAAAUAAAAAGUUGACUUUUUUGUAUAAAAAUCGUGUUGUGACUGAUUGAAAUCCAGUGUGGACUUAGGAUUUUUAUUUCUUUAACAACAACAACAGACCCAAUGAUUCUGUUGUAAAACUGCUGACUGCGUAAGUUCCAUAAUGAGUUGUUGGUGAUCUUCUAACAUCGGGCGUGAGUGCCGCAAGCACGCAAGAUGACAUCAGAGAGAGCAAUCCCGCAUUUGCGUGACAUCUUCGGUUUGAACCAGCAGUACGAUGGGAAGGCUUACGACGAUAAUGAAGAUAAAACAAAGAAGUCUGUCAAAAAGAAGAAAGAAGACUUCCGCACCUACGCUAAUGGUGACGUCAAAACUUUAGAGAGACAUCUCAGCAUGAAAAAAACCAUACGAAAGAAGAUUAUGCGCGAUCUGCAACAGGCGUUCGUUGAAGACCCUAACGAGUUUAAGGUCGAGAAUACGAGUCCUGAAAAAUUAAAAGCGGAACUCAGUGCGGAAGCUGUAAAAAUCGAAAAGAAUGUGCGGAAGAAUGAUCCAACGUUCUUAGAUAUGCUUCGAGGCGAAACUAGAGGAGAGGAGACGAGGGAAGAGCAGCCGCCGGCAGAGAAGACUAGCUUCUGGCGGCGUCUUACCAUGAAAAACAAGAACAAAAGAUAAUUUAUUUACGGGCGCCGUAUAAGACUUUACUCCGUUUUUAUAAAUCUGCACUUCUUAAACGUUGCCUCAGAUCAUGUCGAAACUUCUUUGUUGUACUCAACAGACAUAUUGGAAACGAUCAAUAAAAUAAAUCUUAAAUUUCUCUCAUCAGAUAUUCUACCGUAAAACAGCAGUACUUGUUAUUGUUGUGUUCCGGUUUGAAGGGUGAAUAAGCCAGUGUAAUUACAUGCACAAGGGACAUAAAAUCUAAGUUCCCAAGGUUGGUGGCGCAUUGGCUGUAUAAGCGAUUGUUGACGUUUCUUACAAUGCCAAUGUCUAAGGGCGUUUGGUGACCACUUCCCAUCAGGUGGCCCAUAUGCUCGUCCGCCUUAAAAUUCUAUAAAAAAAAAAACUUUUGACAUGCUACCGUGAUCUACGUCCGGCUUAUGGCAACUUUUGUUUUUACAGUAUUUUGGACUUGAGAUUAAAAAAAACGAUGACAACAUGAAUUGACAUUAGUGAGGCGAAAUUACGUUUUAAAUUAAAUACUAGUUUUCUUCAUACGUUUCAUGAAAUAAUAAUUUCAUAAUAAAAAGUUUUUCAUGUUAGGUAGAUUAUAAUUAUAUAAAGCAUUUCAUUAUCUUAACUUUACUUGUCUUGGAUAAUUAAGUAGUUAGGUAUUAAGUACUUAUCAAAUAAUUUAAAUUGAUAAGUAAGUAACUACUUAAUUAUUAAAGAAAGUUUUUGUUCAGAUUGUACCAAUAUACAUAUUUGUAUUCUAAAGUACAUGAGAUUCACGAAAGAUUUUAAAUAGCGAAUCUAAAUGUCUAUUAGAAAGACUUUAUUAUUUGAAAAGCGCUAAUUAAGUCUAUACUGAUCGAACUAUAGACGAACUACUAAAAAAGUCAGUUUUUCUAUAUUUUUAAUAGAAAAACGAUUUUCCAAUAAUUCAAAGCCGCUUUCGAGAUGAAACGUACCUACGUUAGCAAAAUGAAAAAUUUGCACUUCAAUGGGUGGGUUACUUAUAUAAUUAAUAAAAAAACUGAACUUUUUAUGAUGUUCGUUAUCAACAAAAAAAAGUCAUUUAGUUGGGAUGUAAUUCAUGCCUAUUUAUAUACCAAUUGUUUUAAAUAUCGGUUCUUAACAAUGAGAAAAAUAGGUGCGUUUUAUACAAUAAAUAAAAUAUUAAUUAUAUUACAUUUUACCUGUAAAAUGUACAUGUCUAUUGCGUAGGUUUAUUAAGUAAAUAAAUAUUGGCUCGAUUGCCCAUUCUAUAUCGAUAUAAGAUAACUUAUAUUAAUAAUAUUAUAGUGUAUUCGAUUUAAUUAUGAACGUACAUAUUUACUCAAAAUAUCAAUAAAAUCAUAAAAUUUUCUGAUGUCAAAUGUUGGUCGUGACUAAAUUCAGUAUAAGAUUUCUAUUCAAUUUUGACCUCAGAGUAAAAUGAAGACUGUUUUUCAAAUAGUGUAAAUUAUGAAUUAGUAUCAUAUCGAUAAAUUUUUACAUUUUUAAACCAUAACUUCUAAUCACUGCUUUAGUAUUCAACCUUUUACAUCUGUUGUAUCUAUUUAUGUGUUAGUAGAACGAUAUAUGUAACAAUUAUCGCAUAAUAUUUGUAAGGCGCUUAAAUAAAAGUAACAUGCUAAGGUUUUAAGAUCUUUCCUUGGUAACGGAGUAAUGUGAAGAAUAUCAUAGGCCAUUGUUACUUAUUAUAAAAAAUGAUAUCUCAUUCUACAUGUGAUGUAAAAUUAAGUCUAAUAGUUUACGUAGAUUUAAGUAUUUCUUAAGUGGUAUAAUUAUGCGAGGUAGUACGGCAAUUCCUUGUUGUGACAGUUCAUUACUAUAAUGCAAUAUAAAAUUUUACACAUUU